GCGAAGCGGGUAGGUUUGACGGCAAUGUGUGUUUUGCUGCAGCAGAGAUGGGAUUUCCGAAGUUGAUAUUGCUUGUUUGUGGAAAAAGGAAAUCAGGAAAGGAUUACAUUACUGAACUUAUUCACUGCAGACUAGAUUCCAGUAUUUGUGCAGUCCUUCGGCUCUCAGGCCCUUUGAAAGAACAGUAUGCAAAGCAACAUGAACUGGACUAUGACAGACUACUGGAUGCAACUGAGUACAAAGAAAGAUAUCGUGCAGAUAUGAUCCGAUGGGGAGAGGAGAGACGAACUGCUGAUCCUGGAUACUUUUGUCGUCCGAUAGUCCAAGGUGUAUCCCAGCCAGUAUGGAUUGUCAGUGAUGCUAGGCGCAAGAGUGAUAUUGACUGGUUCCGAAGCCACUAUGAGGAACAGACGGUCAUUGUACGUGUUGUGGCAUCUGAGAAAACUAGGAGACAAAGGGGAUGGCAGUUCACAGAAGGAGUUGAUGAUGCUCAGUCAGAGUGCGGGUUAGAUGAUGGUGUAAAUUUUGAUUGGGUCAUCACCAAUGAUGGACAAGACCUGGAACUGGAGGCUCAGGUUCUAAGUCUUCUGGCAUUUAUCCAUGAAAAGCUACUUCAUUGAUUUCUGUACAUGCACAAAGUGCGAUAUUCAUUCAGGACAUGUAUGGAGCUCUGUCUUGUUAAAUGAUUUAGCUGUUCAGUUUUAUGAGCAUGUGUUUUAGAGACAAAGUGGAAACACAAUUCUUAGUGUCAGUGUCCUAAAUGAAUGUGUAUGCAAAAUGCUUUAGGACAGGUAUCAUAUGUAUAAUUUAGCAUAAUAACUCUUUCUGGCUGAAGAAACUCUCUAGUGCCUUUUAUAGUGAAGUAAAAUGUUUACAUUUUCUUAUUUGGCUAUUAUUGGAUAUAUAGGCAUAACUGUAAACCAUGAAAAGUAUUAUGAAACAGUUUUUUCAGUUUCCACUGAGAACAGCAGUAAAUGUCUGUAUUUGUAAGCUCAUGCCAUAUGGUAAUCGUAAUCCAACAAUGUGUCUUACUUCAGCAGUUUUGUCAGCAGAUGGCAGUCUUUCCCAGAAAUGCAUGCUGUUUGAUUUCCAUCUCUCUGUAUGGUUGACUGAAGGACUAUUUAUAGGUCUUGUGUCAGACUGAAGACAAGUAACACAGACUAAUAUUUCCAAAUGUAAAUAAGCAUCUAAAAAUAAUGGAAAAAAAUGUCAGCAAUGACUGAAUAAACAGUGACUAUCUGAAAUGUAUUUGUUCUUCAUUUGUUGCACUGGUACAUUUGAAAUAGAAUUUAAAAAUUACCCGUUGGUAGAAAUGAAAUUAAAAUAAUUACAUUUUCAGCUUCUAGCCCCAGGAUUUGUAGCUGAUGUGUGUAAAAUGAAAGAGCAUUUAUAUGAUUGUCUUAAUGAAAACUCCUUUUCCAAUCUAGCAGUUUCUAGAUUUUCAAGGUAUUCAGUUCUCAAACAUUUUAAAUACACUUAUUAUUAUGAUCCCCUUAACACAGCAUACAUAGAAUGUUCUUUACUAAAAUAAAUUGCUGUUGUUUAAUUGUUUUGAGCACCUUACAGCUCUGUAUUUAUUCAGAAAUGGCGUCUGAGUCAUAUUAGGUCCACUCUACCAAAAGAUUUCUAUUUCAUUUUUCUUUUUUAAAUAAAAAUGUAUUGUUUUACAAUCUUA